GUUCAUACAGGGUGGCCACUCACUCUGGAAACCGGGAAUUCUCAGGGAAUUUUGAAAUACCACUGGAAAACCGGGAAUUCUCAGGGAAUUUCACGUCAAUUCUGGAAAAUAAUUUUGUCGCGCGUCGCCGCUCUUUUCUUCCCAUUCCGCUAUGUUUAGUUUUUCGGAGCGAAACGCAUCUGCUUCAUCGCGUUCAAGCAUCACGUGAUUAUCCUCCAAUGAACGCUUCGUGUUCUUGUGCCUUUUUGUGGAUGUUGGAACUGAAGAACAAGAAUCAUUCAGAAAAAUCAGAGCAGUGUUCAACAAAGGAAGUUCUUUCUGGAAUGAUAUUGGUGUCUUGAAACGAUGGCGCCUGGUUUUAAAACAUCAUUUAAGACCGAAUGGAUGGAAAUUCCUCAUUAUGCCCCAUGGUUACGUGAGUGCCUGACUGACAAAUUUUCUGCAGUGUGUAAAUUAUGCAAUUCUGUAUUUUCCCUGAGCAAUAUGGGAAAACAAGCACUAACUAGUCAUCAGAAAUCCAGGAAACACAAAAAAGCCAUUAUUAGCAGAAAUAUGUCUAAUGAUUUGAGGAGUGCAUUUGGUGAACAAGAUUCUACUACCAAAAAUCUUGUAUUUAAUUCUCUAAAUGAGCCAGCUAAAAAGGAUGCAACAUUAGUUUCUUUUCUGAGAUCAGAAAGUGUAUCAGAAGCAGAAAUCUUGUGGUGUUUGUAUGCAGUGAUGGAACACUCUUCUUUUCGUUCUGCGGGUCGGGCAGUACUUUUAAUGAAAAAAAUUUUUACUGACAGUGAGAUAGUGAAAAAAAUAUCUCUACAAAGAACCAAAAUAGCAUACACCUGUGUUCAUGGUAUUGCUCCAUAUUAUAGGGAGAAAUUACAAAAAACCAUAGCUAGCUGUGAUUAUUUAGUUAUAGGCUUUGAUGAAAGUCUAAAUAAAAUCGCUCAGAAACAACAAAUGGACGUAAGUGUUCGACUUUGGAAUAAAGAUUCAAAUAAAGUGCAGGCACGAUGUUUGACAUCAGUAUUUCUUGGUCAUUCGACAGCAAAGGAUUUGUUGGAUAAUUUCAAAGAAGCCCUUUCCCAAUUUUCCAUCAAUAAAAAUAAAAUAAUUCAAAUAUCUAUGGAUGGACCUAAUGUUAACCAUAAAUUUCUUAAUGAUCUUAAAAAAGAACUUGAGGAAAUGCCGCAAGAUCCUGUGCUGUUAGAUAUAGGUAGCUGUGGACUGCAUACAAUCCAUUGUGGGUUUAAACAUGCAAUAAAGUCUACAGGAUGGAAUGUAGUGGACUUUUUACGGGCGCUAUACUACAUUUUUAAAGAUGUACCAUCACAUAGAGCUGAUUUCAUAUAUUUCACUGGAUGUGAAAAAUUUCCAAAGAAAUUUUGUGCAAUCCGAUGGGUUCAAAAUGUAGAAGUUGCUGAGAGGGCAUUAGAAAUGUUGCCUCAUAUUUUCGAAUUUGUAAAAGCAGCAAAGAAGGAGAAAAAAAUCUAUGUUGGCUCAAAAAAUUUCAGUGUACUCUCGGAGUGUAUCAAAGACAGUUUCUUUGCUGCAAAAUUGGCAUUUUUUCAGUCAUUAGCUGCUUUUAUUGAAACAUUUCUCACAGAAUUUCAGAGUGAUGCUCCAUUAGCUCCUUUACUUUUCUCUAAUUUAACAUCAGUUUUAAGAUCUUUUCUUGAUAAAUUUGUAAAACCCGAUAUUUUAGUGGAGAACUCUUCAAAAUUAGGAAAAAUAGAUUUGUCAUUGGCAGAUAAUCUGCUUCCAAUCAACGAAGUUGCUCUCAGUUUUGCAGUUAAGGAUGAAAUUAGGAAAAUAAAAGAUUCUUCACCUUCUGAAGAAUUUUCAUUUAGGAAAGAAUGUGCAAUUGCUUAUAAAAAAUUCUGUGAAAAGAUUUUAGAAAGAUCACCUUUUAAAUUCCAGUUAACAAGGGGGCUAUCUUGUCUUGAUCCUGGUGUAAUUUUAAAUACAGCAAUUGCUGAAAAACGGCUUUCAUCUUGCCUUUCAAUGUUGGUAUCUAGCAAUUGGAUAUCAGGUAUCAAGGCUGACAGUGUGAAAGAUAGUUACAAAACGUUCAUUCGGAAUCCUCUAGUUAAGAAAGAAAUGGAGCAAUUUGAGAAGAGGGAAAAACGACUGGAUAAUGUUUUCUUCUCUCUAUUUGAAGUUUGCAAUGCACCAGAAAAUUUACGUUCCUUUGUUAAGCUUCUCCUCAUAUUGUCACACGAAGUGCUUUUAUAGAAAGGGGCUUUUCUAUUAAUUCAGAUUGUUUAAUAAAAAAUGAACAUGAAGAUAGUUUAGUUGCUCUAAGGCAAAUUCAUGAUGGUGUUAUGGAUGCUGGUGAUGUUAACAAUAUAACUGUGACGAAAUCCAUGAUAAACUACGGAAAACAGUCUCACCCACGUUAUAUUGAAGUAUUAGAAAAAAGGAAGGAGGCAGCAGAAGAAAAAAAGAAAGUUAUGUUAGAAAAGAGGCAAAAUGAAAAAUUAAAAAAAGAAUUGCAUGCUAAAAAACAAAAAUUAACGGCUGAUUUUUAUUUAGAAACUUCUUUAAUUGAUGAACAAUUAAAAGCUAUAAGAAAUUAAUUUUUAAAAGCUUUCAAUUAUUCACUUGUUGAGCUAUUUAUACUGUAUAAUUUGAUUAACUCCACUUUUUAAAACAUCUCAAACUUAAGUGUCAAAGAAUAUAUUAAUAUAUAUAUAUAUAUAGUAUAUUUUUUAUAUUUAUAUUUAAAAUAAGUUUUGCAGAUAAUAUAAAUGAACAACAUUAUAUGACUAAAUAUUUUUGGCUUUUCAUUUAUUGAUAAUUUAUUUCACAAGUAAUUUUGAUCUCAAUUCUAAAUUUUUAGUUUGAUGGAGUUGAUCAAUUUGUGUACUAAGCUAUUUAUAUAACAACUUUUUAUUUUAUACAAAAUAAAGUUUCUAAAAUUCCUUGAAAUGUAGAUUUUUAUUUUUAUAAUUUUUAUAAACUAUUAUUAAUUUUUAAGUUUAUUUUUAUGGUUGAGUAUACAGCAGUUAUUUUUUUAUAUGUAAAUUUUAUGGCUGCUAUUUCAAUAAUCUGUAUUUUUAGCAGAAAUAUGUGUAUUAAUAUAUAUUUUUUGGUGCUAGAAAUGCCUAACUUUUUACACCUGUUUUAUCAGAGAACAUUUACACUUUUUUCUCAUUUUAAUGUGUCAUCAAAUCUUGUAAAUGUGUAUCCACAUUUGUAAAAGAAAUUCAUACAACACAUUUUAAAAGCAACACAGCUGUAUAUAUAGUAUAUAUUUUUUUUAUUUACUGUAUAUUGUUGUAUAGCUAAUAAAUUUAUGAAGUCUCGUUAAUGUUGCGUUGUGGUAUCUGGAAUUUUAGAAAUUUACUCUGGAAAGUCUGGAAAACUCAGGGAAUUUUUUUUGGUCUGGAGAGUGGCCACCCUGUUAUAAGAAAUCUAUCAAAGUUGUGUUAAAUUACAAUUGGAAAGUUCAAAACAAAUAUUACUAUUAAAAAAAAUAACCAGACUAUAUUCAUUGUAAUAAUUCUUCAAUAUUCAUAAUUUUUUUUUAACUAGAUUAAAUCCAGAUGAUUUUAUUGUGGAAGAAGAAUAUGAGGAUGAUGAUGAUCUAAGCCAGGAUGAAGCAGAUGAUUUUUCUGAUGCUGGUUCUGAUUUAAGUGAAACAUCAAGUCCAGAUAAUUCUACA